AUGACUGCCGAGAUUGGACGAUAUUAUCAUGUUUCGUUCCAAUGCGCUGGUGGCUAUGCUCUUCCUGUGCAUCCGCGUAUGCCUGCUGAAAGCUACACACCAAAAGUUUGCAUUAAAGCGCCAGCAAACACACACGUCAUAUCUUCAAGUCAUUUCAUUCUUACUCCCCCACCCACUCUUGGCACAACAUUUUAA